AUGAAUGAAGAUGCACUCAUAUUCCAACAAUUCACAGAGCAACUUGAAGAGGAGGCAGAUGAAGAGUACUGGGAGAUGGGUGCUGCUUCACUCGGCGUCAUAGUGGGAGGUGCCGAGAUCUCAUGUCAGUUACGGAAUGAACGACAUCGCGAAACCCGCCAAUAUCUUACCCGCCCUGAACUCCUGGAGAACCCCCGGAUUGCGACACCAUGGACCUCCCUUUACGACAGCAGGAGUGACCGUGCAUAUAUCACAACCAUGGGGUUCGAUGUUGCCACCUUCGAUUUCAUUCUCGAGUCGGGUUUUGUACAGACCUGGCUCUCAACACCCAUCCCCCGAACUGAUACCUCUCGUUCAGGAGAUCCACGACCAGGCGGCCGAUCUUUGGAUCCCCCAGGGGCCCUUGGCCUUGUCCUCCAUUAUCUCAGCUCCACAAUGCUCGACGUCAGCUUGCAGCAAAUCUUUGCUCUCAUCCCUGCCACAGUUGUCCAGUAUCUUGACUUCUCACUUGACAUACUUCUCGAGGUCUUGCGAAGAAUGCCAGAUGCCCGUAUCAAGUGGCCAAAGGGUGGCCCAGGUGAGGAUGAAGAUAUUGAGAAUGCUACCUACAACGGGUGGCUCUCAGAGCAUUUUGUCAGCUCAGUACUUGUGUUCUCACCGAAAGGCAAGAACAUCAAUGCUAUUGUAACUUCAUUCACUGAUAAUAUCUUAGGUGAAAUCAUUGAUGCUGUUGUAAAUGCACCAGGCAGUUGGCACGAUGCUAAUGUUGCUCGUCCUAUUUUUGAACGGCUUCGCACACGAACACCACCUGGAUACUACCUCAUUGCUGACACAGCAUUUCCUUGUGGAACACAAUCCAUUGCAGGACGCAUUCACGCCCCACUCAAGGCUGGCCAGGCUGUGCGAGGUACACCAGACGAGAUUGCGGAGCGAAUGGCCUAUGACCGUGAGCUUCUCUCAUAUCGGCAAACAGCCGAGUGGGGAAAUUGA